AUGAGAAUGCAUCAACUUUGUUUCCUUUGGCGCGCUGUGUAUCAUCCUUCUGCUUUUCCCAUCAUUGACGAAGGUAUUGGAGAGAAGCCUGCUUUCAAGAUCUCUCCAUUGUCCGAAGGCAAUGCCACCUACAGAUCAGAUGUCUGUGAUCGUUUCAAUCAGUUUAGUGAUGGAAAGAUUUCACUGAGGCAUGCCCUCUCCGGGUUGGCCUUGAGACCAAUCAUGGAACAUGGGGAUUUCUUUCAUUUCUCUCACGAUCAGGGCAUUGACCCAGUGGACCCGGGCUUCCUUGGCGAACUCAUGGAUAUUCUCGCUGCCAGGGCAAACUUUACUUGGCGAGACUCAUUUGCCAUCAUGUGGAUGCCUGACGAAGAUUGGACCGUGCUGUCUUGGACAGAUUAUCUUGUGUGGUCCGUCAAUCAUUUUGAUAUUUCCGUCACAUGGUGGGACCAUUCCAUUGAACGCAUGGAAAAGGGGGUGGCCUUUAGGUAUGAUGGAAGUUUGGUACUUAUCAACCAGCAUGACCCACCGAUACAAGAAAGCUCGAUUGUACUAUCCAACUGGCUGCUCCCAUUUGAUGCGUCUGUUUGGAUGCUCAUCAUUACAACUAUCAUUGCUUCUGCUUUGUUCAUGAAUGAUGAAAGCUUGUUUCUGUCCUCGUUCCGGUUCGCUUCACAAACAGUCUUGGCUGGUAGAAUCUUUGGCAUCAGCAUGACGCAUUUGGCACUGCCGACCUAUACUGCCAACCUAGCUUCACUGCUCCAAUCAGGGCUGGUAAUAGGCUUAAUUGGAAAGCAUGGAAUUGCCAACUGUGCCAAGUACUGCACAUGGGGUGGAUCCAACAGUGAUACAGUCAUCCAGAACAAGUACCAAAAGGCCAUCCGUCGUCCGAUGGAAACUGAGUUACUGAUGUAUCAAGCUUUGAGGCAAGGCCAAUGUGGACUUGCUGUGACCUCUAUGGACACCUGGCUGACAUACUUUAGCAACGAAGAUUACAACCCUGACUGUGAUCUUGAAUGGGUCGGAAGGCAACUCUUGACCAUCAAAUCAGGGUUUGCUGUCAAGGCUGAUUCAGGUGAUCUCUGCUCUAGCUUGAUUCGAGACGUUCUCAAUUUGCAUCUUGCAGAAAUUGUGGGAGAAGGGAUACUUGAGGAGCUGUGGAGGAAACAUAGAGCAAAGCUGCAGACAAUCGACUGUGAUGCACAAGAAUCUGGCGACAGGAAUUCGAGAGCACGUCGGGGUCUUCUUUCAUCAUCGUGGUUCUCAAACCAGGACAUACCACCCCAGCAACGUUCCCUAAAGGGUGGCGGAUCAACCACUAGCAUGCUGGGCACCUUUGUCAUGCAUUGGUCGGCUAUGGCCGUUGCGCUUCUUGUGAGUGUCCUCUCGGUGCAUUUUGAGAGGUGGCAAAAGAAGCGAUUGGAAGCCGCAAAUUGCGUUGUGGAACAAGUGAGGUUCAGAGGGCACGGCCCCAUCAUCGGCAUGCCCCCGCCACUUGUUUCUCUUCCUCUGUUUGUUGCAGUGGGUCCCGAAUGGCAAUACGUUGGUUCGAUUCGCAACAGUCUCUGGGAGGCUCAGACGCCAUUUAUUUCCCAGGAUGAGGAGGGCGUAAUCAAGCCAGGGAUCUCUGCCUUUCGACGUCUUUCAGUAAGAGAGGCAAGCCGCCGGUUCCCCGCGGGGCUCAAUGGUCAGGAGCAGGACAUGCAAUGGCGACAGGACGUGGACAGCAAACUAGAACGACUGCUGAAACAGGAGAGAAAGUUGGAAAGGCUGCUGAAUCUUGUAGAAGGCAUGUCCAAUCUAAGCGCCAAUGAUGCAAACGACAUACAGGGAGCGGGAGACAUAACCAAGGCUGACCUUGAUUUAUGUGCGUAG